CACUACAUUACUGAUACAUCGAAUACUAAAAAGUAAGUUUUCAAUUGAACAUUUGAUUAAAUUAUAGCAGAAAUAUUUGAAGGAAUAUGUUGAAUAAGACUAUGAACAAUAAUUGAAAUGAAAAUUGAAAUUGCUGCUAAACACAACUCACGUCAGGCAGCCCUGUAGAAUUGGAAAUAGCUAAUCUUUCAUCAGAAAUGGUAACUAUGAAUGAUUUUUUUGAAAAUCAUAGCAUCGUACACAAUAUUUCUGAUAUGCUUAAUAGUUAGGUCAUUUGUGCGCAUUUGCAUAUAACAUGAUGCAGGUGUUCUUUAUCUACAUGUAUCUGAUGGUGCAGCAGAUCAACUAUGAUAUUUAGUUAUGGAACGGGUAUUCCAUUUGCUAAACAUAAACGUUAAACAUAAAGAAUAUAGCACUUUCUUUCAUUAUAAUGUCCGAUUACAAAUGAAAUGUGUUGCGUGCUUGUGUCUUCACUUUUGCUGCUGCGUGUGAUUCAAAUUCACCUUUUUAUAAAUAUUCAAGCUUUCACUAUAUCAAAGAAUAUGGUCAAAAUUAUUUCUAACGAGUCCAUUUUGUAGCCUGUUUAAAUUUUGUUGCCUUAAAUCCCCCGUGUUUAAUCAAGAAAUACCCAGUAAUCAUGGGACUUUUGUGGUGGCACCAAAAAUAUAGCUAAAUCUUACAGAAGGCAGCUAAUACAAGCAUUCCUGACUCUUGGCUGUUAUGAUACAACAUCAUUAAGUGUUUUUUUCUCAAUCUGUUGAUUACAACUUGAUUAUGAUUUAAAGGUGUUUUUUUGGGGUCAGGUCGCUUGUAUAUUCAUGUAUGUAAUGGUGUCUGCGUAUUAUUUACAACCUUGUGUCAAAACAUAUUUUAAAACAUUCUUCUUCCUUUGUUUUCUGAAUGAUAAUCGCAUUUCGUUUUUUGGACGGUUCAAAUUUUGGACACAACGAUUAUUAUGGAGAAUACGCGUUUUUUUUUUAGAUCAAUUAGGUUACAAUCUGCUCGCGGGUGCAGGAGCUAGAUUACAACUUUGUCCCCAGAGCUUUCCCAUCACAUAUACUGCGCCAAAUCCAUACCUUCUUUGUUGUUGACAUUCUCUAUAAAACAUUAUUAACAUGCAAUAAAUGUUUCUUUCCAGUAAAAUUGUUGAUAAAGAAAAAAAUGAUUCUUAAUAAUAAUAAGAUACUCAUCUUGAUUAAAUUCUGGGUAAAAAUAAAAUAAACAUGAUUGACAAAGACAAUGUUACUCCGUCCGAUAAGGAAAACAACUCGUCGUUUUCGUAGCAGAAAUAACAUGGAGGAUAAGACCGUUGUUGUCACGUCACAAGUUAGCGGUCUAUGUUUAAAUGUUUGAUGUCCAUUAUCAUAUAAUUUUAAUGUUGCAAACUCGCUCAACAUUUUGUUCAUUUGAUUUUCGCCAUUCACUUGAAAUGUUUACUACUCCACGUGAUCUGCCGGUGUAUUUAAUAAAAGUUAGUAAUGUAUCAUUAAACUUUAAGCUGAAACUCCACUGAAGUAGUACAGUCCACUAUCGGACAAGUCACGCCACCUACAUGGUGCUAGGCCGAUGCAGCGUCCUCGUACGGGGACGUGAAAUAUCCCAUUGUAUCAUUGCUAGUGGAGUGGUGCCUGCUCAAGAUUGACUCCUCAAUCAACUUUACCAAAAUAAAAUCGCUGCCCAUUAUUACAUUGUUGUAUAUGAGGGCUUGAUGUGUGCAAAUUGGCUACCUCUUUAUCAUAACUGUGCCCAAACGUUGAAUUGGCCGGUAGACACAAAAUGCUGGAGUAACUCAAUCUGGAGAGAAGGAAUGGGUGACGUUUCGGGUCGAGAUCCUUCUUCAGCGAAGUGUUUUAAGAACAUCCAGGGCUAAAGACGCGCCGUAAAAUGUUGACACUUACCUAUGACCAUUGCGUUUGUCCCGGGGAAUGGUUCAGCCUAAAAAAAGUCCAAUGGAUUCUGCAGCCGUUCCAAAGGCCGUAAUCGAGGAUAGUCCAGGUUCCAGCCCCAGUCCCAGCCCCUGUCCGGAUUCCGAUUCUCUAACCUGUCCCACUCGAAAGCUCUCUGAAUUACAAUCUCGCCCGAAAGUGGUUCGCAUCAGGGGCAGGCCUGCAGCAGCAAACGCAGCGCGGGAGCGGAGCCGAGUACAAACCCUGCGACAUGCUUUCUUAGAGCUGCAAAAAACUCUACCGUCAGUCCCUCCGGACACUAAACUGUCCAAACUGGAUGUCCUAAUCCUAGCAACCACCUAUAUUGCACAUCUAACCCGCACCCUGGAAGAAAGUUUGGAGGAAGGAGAAGGUCGAAGAUCUGCUGAGUUAAUGCAUUCCCUCAAAGUGGACGGAUAUCUGCAUCCGGUCAAAAAAUGGCCGAUGCGAUCCAGGUUGUAUGUCGGUGCAACGGGACAGUUUCUGAAUUCGGGUCAAUCGGAGAUUCAAACUCAAGCAAAGACGACCAACCCCGACCCCGUCUAAAUAGGAGACUGCCUCAAAACUCAACGCACGGCUUCUAACGUUAAUUGUCGAAACAAAGUCACAUUGGCAAUUCUUAAAUUAGCUUUUUGAAACGUAAAUGAACAUUAUCAAGAUACAGAUAUUCACAGAAAUAAGUAAACAUAUAUACAGUACAGUAAUUGAAGAGAACUAUUCAAAUGAAAGUGAUGAUCUAAAAAAAAUCGUUUAAUUUUAAAUGUAUGAAAAACAUGAACAUAUUUCGCGAUUUACUAAUAAACCAAGCGUUAUUUGUGAAAUCUUUAAAUAA